AUGGUGAAGGUUCUCCUCAAUGAAAUGAAUGUCAAUUCAGAGGAUUUCCAGGACGAAUCUGUGGCUGCUAUGCAUCCUGAUGUUAAGCUUAAUCCAAACAUUUCUGGUAAGUUGCUACUUAUUGGUUUUGUGGUUGAAUACAAAGCCUGCCUGGCCAAACUGGAAAACCGAGGAAGAGAAAUAGUAUAUUCUGGAAAACAUCUGGAGAACACUGGUACACUGCUUGAACUGUUACAGGAAAAAUGUCAACCAGAGGAUGUUCGUAGAGCUUACGAGGCAGAGAACAAAUCAUUUUUACAACCAGCCUUUAGAACACAGGACCAUUCCAUUGGCAUGUAA